ACCAUCGCCAGAAGAAAGCCAAUCCCGAAAUCCCCGGAUCUGAAAAAACGAGAAAGUCCCUGGAAAACACAAUUACUGACCCUCAGUCAUCGCCGAAUUCCACAAAAAAGUGGCCAUGGCUGGAUAUCGAGCUGCCCAAAAAGCGAACUCUCGUUCACCUCGAACGACGGCGUCAGUAACCCCUACGCUCGUCCACGCGCAUGCACCACCCCCGUCGUGGGGUUGACUGCCAGAGAAAGAGAGUCAAGGAGGGGGGAAGAUCGAACGCCGACACCGUUUCUCGCAGUCUCCUCCCGUUGUUCGCGCGUGCACCGAAAGCAUCCUCCUUUCCUGCGCGGCUAUCACGAACGAGAAAGGAAAUAAAAAAAAAGAAGAGAAAACCGACGGAGCAGACUCGAAUUUCGCGAAUCGACGCAGCCGUCACGUAUCGAGGGUAGUUUUCCUUCCAAGUCCCAGUGUCUUUCUCCGUCCUUGAACGGUUUCGCUGGCGGAUCUAAUGCGAAGACAGCGACGCGACGCUUGGGAAGCUUCGUGAACCCUGAAGGACUCGGCGUCAUCCUCUGGGAACAUCACCAGCUGCACGUAACGCGACCAAACGAGGAUCCGAUAUGCGGCUCAGGGAAGACGUCAUCUCGGUACCGCUGCAUCCUGGGGGACUGAACAACAAUCAGCUUCGUAGGAGCGACCAGCACCAGCCAGGCACCGAGGAAAUCGGGAAUCGCAACGAGACAUCCUCGACGAACAACGUCUCGGUGACCAGAAGCCCGUCGUCGGCCGACUUGAGCUCCGAGGACGCCGAGGAUUUCCGAGUCGCCGAGGACACCACCACGUGGUCUUCCCUCGCCAUCACUCGCGACAACGUGCAGAUCGAUAGCUCGAACAACGAGACGGAGAAUUUGAAUAACAAUCUAUCGAUACCUAGGAUCCGCAGAAACAGUUCUAUCGAGAGCUUGGCCGAUUACGAAGGGCGUAACUCCUCUCACGAAGACUCGUCCCACGAGUUGACACCGUCCGAGUGGUCCGACUGGUCCGAGGAAGGAAAUCUACCCGCAGGUUGUCGCGGUAUCGUCAACCCGAACUAUCCAGGCUUUCAACACCUGGCGCCUUCGCUUCUCUCGGACACAGAUCUGACGGAGGACGAGCACGAGAGCUGCCCUGAUUACGCCACGCUAAACGAGAUCGACACUCGACCAGUCGAGAACGACAACGAGUAUAAUAACAACAUCGAGGACAGCAUCAACCAUCUCUGCGGGCAGAAAAACCAGCGGAAGACUUUCUACGAGAAGCCCAAGUUCAAUAUACAGACCGUAACAUCUUUGUACGAGUCGGUGGUGCCGCCUUCGGAGAAGUGCAUAAACUACGUGAAGAGCGUCGAGGAUUCGAGGACGGAGGAGAAGAUACUCUCGCCGGAAUCGGUGAUUGUUAACAGCGUCGUCGAGGCGGAGACGCAUCUGACGGUGCUGGAACCGGAGGAAGCACUCGCCGACACGGUAUCCGUAACCACCACUGAAUUUUCGGAAGCGAUCCUGAAGGACAAGCAGGAUCGCGAGGUCUCUGUCGAGGUGGAGAUCGUCGAGCUGACCACCAGCGUCAAGGAGACUCUCCAGUUUCCAGAAAUCGAGGAGAUACCGGACUCGGGGAAGACCAGCGAAAUUGGCGAGACGGAGGAUAUCGUGGUGGAGGCAAUCGACCUGAUACGCGAGGCAAAGGAGUUGCCUCGCCAGGCACGUUCCAAAAUAGGCAACCGUCAGACCGUCACGUCGAACGGCUCCGCCGACGACGACUCCGGGAGCAACACGGACACUGACAGUUACCCAGAAGAACAGCCCACCUACACCAAGCUCGAGGAAAUCGAUCUCCUCUCGAGCAUCGGCCGCGAUAUCGGGGUAGAUCUCGAAAAAUACGUGCAACCGGUGCCCGACGUCGUCGCCAUGGAGGCUCUGGAUCCGAUUCACGUCUCCACGCGAUCUUCCUCCGCCAUCAGCAUGAUCAAAGACGCCAUCGAGGACACCAACAAAUUGCUCGAUCGCGAUCUACCGGAGGCCUCCAGCGCGGACACUAGAAAAAAAGAGAAGAUGGCGAGGAACCAGGCGAAGAGGAGACAGCAACAGCAACAACAACACCAGCAACAGCUGAGGACGUCCAACGGACAGAGACGUCCUGAUAAGAGGAGGGCGUACACGGAUAAUGGUCCAGGUGGCUUCGACGUAUACAAUAUCGAGACUGCGAUGCCGAAGAUCGACUUGGACGCGAUUGAGUCUCACUUGAGAGCCGCGCGCGAGGAGGAACGACGGCGACGAAACGACCGUGAAGAGAUCCGAAGGAGGUUGGCGAUGGGUCCAGACGCUGAAGACUUGCGCGCUGAACGCGGAAGAAAGCCCAGCCUUCAGUCGCGGCUGCAAAGCGGAAUGAAUCUCCAGAUCUGCUUCAUGAACGAAACACCCUCGGACACGGAGUCUCCGUGCUCGGAGAACGACGCCUCGCCUGGAUCCACGCCAACAUCGCUGAACUCGAAGCAACAACAGAAACAACAAAUGCCAAUUAGACCUCAGGUGCUCAGUCUUCCUCCUUUAAGGCUCGAUAUAGGAUCGAACUCGGCGCCGAUCGAUGAGGCUGACUUCUUCGCCAGACAGGCCAGGUUGCAGACCGAGGCGAGAAUGGCCCUCGCACAGGCCAAAGAAAUGGCGCACAUGCAGAUGGAGGUCGAGAGACAAAGGCUGAAACAAAGUCCCAUCACGGAGAUGGUCCGAUCCAGCCUCGAAAAAGUCGGUGUCCAGUUAGGCGAGGACAGACGCAGAUUGUCCCGAGUACUUUUAACAGAGCUAAACGUCGCGCAGCUUCAAGUAGUGGCGAACGACUUGCACGCCAGAAUUGCGACACUGAACGAGGCUCUGGUCGAGGGACUGCUGAGAAGGGACGAUUUACACAUGGAGCAAGACUCGAUGCUCGUCGACGUCGAAGAUCUCACUCGAUACCUCUUCUGCUGCGUUCGCAUGCACAGUGGUGCCAAGCAGGAGUCCCUGAAGAAGAAGCAAAACGCGAGGGAUCAGCAAACCGCGAGCAGAAGUCAUCAGCAAACGACAGCCGCGCAGAACAAGUCGUCCAUGAAGCCGAAGCUGACGCACCGCGGUCUGGUCUCCUUGGUGAGAAAAUAAUGCCUGGCCACGAGACUGCGUGGUCUCGUCGGAAAUUAAUCGAGCAGAAAGCACUGUACCAUGAAGACGCGAUACUUAGGGUAGAUCACCUCGAAAGCCAUGGUCGACGAGCUGUGGAUUCGGAACCGAAGCGCAGACUCGAUCGCGUCAUCGAUCGCCGAUGCUCGAAAUCUCUCAUUAAAUCAAAGUGUUUUGAAAGAAAAUUCGAUUCGGAAGGAGGAAUCGCGCGAUCUCUCGAGACGGAAAUAGCAGUUGUUUCACAUGGAAAGACUAACGAAACCAGUUACAUUGUCGUUUCGCUCCUGUCGUAGAUUCAACGAGAGUUGAAAAGAAAAGUUCAAUAAAACUCGUUCCUCUCCCUUAUGACAGUUGGAGAGGGAAAGAGUGGUUUUUGCCAGAAUUUCGAACAUUUUUACAGCUUCGUCGUUACCAAGUGAAAGUAUAAUAUACGUACAUAUAUACAUAACCGGACAAGUAGCAACGAGCAAAGUACCCUAACCAUUGUAGUCCUGAUCGAAACGAGUCCCCUUGUCUAUGCAGUGCGCUUCUGAAACGUUUGGCCAAGCCUAAUCGAUACAUUCCACUGGAAAACUAUCGCAUUGUCAUGAACAGAAUUUUUGUUUUAAAGAAAAAUAAUUUCUUGGAAAAGAUAAAUAGAGCCAAGAAACUAUUCUUUUUGCAAUACAAUCGUAGGUCCUCGGUAUCGCUUGAUUUCAGAGUUACGGAGACAGAAGAUACAUACGUUUGCGAAAUGUUUCAAUGUUAGAAUAAAGUAUCAAGCGUGUAAAUAUUAUUUGACAUUGUUCGAAUACGAUAACGGGAUGUAAAUAUAAAUAGGAGAACAUUCGUCGGAGCCCAAGCUUUCAGAUUUCUUCGAUUGGGAGAUCGGUUCGGAACGAAUUACUUAAUUAGAGAGACCACGAUGAGAUAGUUGUGGCGUAGAGGAGCUUGUCACUUUUCUCGAAGGGUCUUCCUGGAACGCUUCGACUGAUGCGUAAGUUUGCGCAACUGUAACUUGAAACGAAAAGUAUUCGCAGAAAAUAUAAAACAGUUUUCAUCAGAACCAACGUAAGUUUGGCUGAACUAUUCAGGAGAAGCCUGCGCGUCCAAUUUCCUCCCUCCGCUCUGGUUAUAUCUUGCAGCCGUGCAUGCAUGUGUUUCCCGAGUGUAUCGCCUUUAUAUGAUAGCGUUAAACGGUAGGCAGAUCUCUUCUCUAUGUUGUAAAUAAGCGAACAGCCGUGGUUCUGACGGCCAACCAGUUCUGCAGCACGCGUUCCUCCGUCACCAGGAUUUUUUCUUCUCCCUAGUCGAAGACGUUUCUCUUUCUCUCGACGUCUUCCAAACCCCGGCCCUGACACGGGCCGAAUCGACUCGCCAGGCGACCGGGUAAUUUGCCAGCAAUUUACUCCUGGCGUAGCGUAUCGAGCAAUGAUCAAGAUGGAACGACGUCGACGCGCGUGUCGCGUGAUCCAGAAGUGUCUGAGAACGAAAGCGUAUCAUUGUAACAGGAAUUGAUUCGACAGUGACAGAUAACGUUGAGGUAAAGACACCGGUAAGAGACAUCUGUAAGGUUCUUGUUUUAACAGAAAAUUUGCUGUGCUUCUGUUUCUUAUUGGACUGCAAUGCCUCUUCUUUAUCUCUCAAUACUUUGAGUUGAAACAAACGAAAUUCGAUAUGCUCUUUAACACACAAUUAUCGAAAGGAUUAAGGAUAGUUUGUCUAGUUCUCAAUCUUAAACAUUGGAUAGAAAGAUAAAUGGGCUCAGCCCACUUUCAUAAUAAACUAUUCUCUCUCACUUUUGUUCUUCUAAACUAAGUUCCAACUUGACCUGAGUUUAAUUCAAUUGAACGAAAGAACGAAAUGUAUUUCAAUGAAAAGCGUGCACGAAUAGAAGCCGUAGAAGCUACGCGUCGACGUUGUAAAAAAUUUGAUACCUAAAUGUAUCGCUUGUUUUCAUUUGCUUGCGUAACAUUAAUGCAAGCUUUCUGUAAAAGUAACUGUGUGAAAGAAGCGACUUCAAUCAUUUGUACAUACACGUAUUGUUUUGUAAAAAACCUCCAUGCGCCGAGAAAAACGACGUCAUUUGAUCAUUUCAUCCAUUUUAGCAAACAGUGUGUUCCCGAAGAUCACUUUUAAUCGUCGAAUUUUGUUUAUUCUGUUCCAUUAGUUUCACUUUGUACAAAAACAAAACUCACAGACACGCGCGCGCGCGCGCGCAUACAGGUUCGAGGAACUACUGGUAUUUAAAACUAGUUAUUAAAAUCGUGUAGUGAUGAAGUGUAUUUAAAAAGAAAAACAAAACAAGUCUAUCGAAUGUAAGCAAACUUUAUCGUUCUAUUUAUACUUACAAAAAUUAACACGUAUAUUUAUCGAAACCUACUCACUUAAUAUCACCAAAGAAACGAAUACAUUCCUUUUAUAUCUUAAUGCAACGCUAACAACUACGAAACGUCUUAUUUAAAUACUCUAUUUAUAUUGUAGUAAUGUUUAUUCAACCUUGUGAUCGUACUUAUUUAAUAAUUCGUUUAGUAAAGUAUUUUAGGAUCGUUUGAAAAGUUUUUUUUUCGUCUAUUUCAUUGCUUGGUACGAGGAAGAGAUCAAUUUCAGUUGAAACAGUUCUUUCUCUUUGUAAAAAUGCAUCACCGUGUAUCGCAACGAGGGAAGGGAACGAAGAACGAACCUACAUAUCCAGAUAUCGAACACAGGAACGAUCGAGCACGCAUAAAAAGGAAAUGUAUAAGAAAGAGGAAAGGAACAAAGUGGCGAUUAGUCCAUGUGCUAACCAUAACAAUGUAUUCGAGUAGGAGAAACGGACUGAUUAGACGAUUCGAAGCAAAAAUUCCUUUAUCGACCGCCCAUUAAUGACAACUUAGACUUAGCAAAGGUAAUCAAAAGUAUAUACAUACAUAUAUAUUAUAUACGUUCGUAUACUUGAAAUGGAUUAGUCCAAAUUUUGCAUAAACGUAUUCACGGAAUUCCAUGUAUUCAUACUUAAAGAUCUACCAGGUACAGCGAGUUUAUUAAAAAAACGAGGCAAGAUGUAUAUGUACAAGUAUCGAAUUCCGAAGCCCUUUAAUUUCGUAUUUGCGCUCCCUUUUGCCUCAAUCACUUAACGAAGACACAAAGUUAUAAGCGAAAAAGUGGCAAAUAAAACGCAGAAUGUUUGAUCUCUGACAA